CAAAAGAAAAGAGUUGAGUUUUUGAGUGGAGUGCAGGUUUUUUCCUUUAACUCUCUUGUUAUAUAUUUCUUUUGUGUUCUUCGUGUGUAGAAAUAGAAUACGAUUUUCCGAUUAAAAAAAAAGAAAAAAGCAGUUUCUUCCCUCUGCAUUAUUUGAGUUUUAAUUGAAUUAAAAUAUAAACGAUAAGUGAUUGUGUCUUUUUGAUUUCCCAACAAUUUCAUACACAAAAAAUUCCCUACUCUCCGUCUCCGUCUUUUAUAACCCACCCAGCCCUGAAUGCAUACCUACCAUUGGUGCACUUAACCUGUGCUUCUUUUUUAUUGUGUUCAUUUUUAAGUUGAGUUGUGAGUUGUGAGUUGCCCCCCUAGGGUGCUCCAUCAAUAAAUGUGAACAGUUCGUCUGAUUUAAGCAGCUGCAAGGAAAAACACAUACAACUUGAAAAUGUCAGCAGACUCGGACAUGGACUAUUCGGAUAAUGACUGCGAGUACGAUGAUUAUUACAACUCAGGUGAAGAUUGCGAUGUAGAGCGAAUAGAUCCAAGAAAAACAGAUCCAGAAUACUUUGAAUAUGAAUGUCUGACAGUGGAAGAAGUGGAAAAACUCCUUAACGAAUCGGUGGAGAAACUCAACACAAUCCUGCAAAUAACACCAUCUCUAGCCAAAGUACUCCUGCUCGAGCACAAAUGGAAUAAUAAAGAAAUCACAGAUAAAUACCGCGAAAAUGCAUCGGCUCUACUUAUAUCAGCAAGAAUCAAACCGCCUCCAACUACAUCAAGUGCCGCCGCUUCAUCGUUUGCCUCGUUCAGUAGUUCCUCUUACAAACACAUAGCCGUAACCGCACUGUCAAGCACCACCGCGACCGCCACAAGCAUUUAUCGCAGCCAAAUGUGUCCGGUGUGUGCGACCACACAGCUUGGCGAUAAAUUUUACGCGCUCUCAUGUAGCCAUUCAUUUUGCAAAGACUGCUGGUCAAUGUAUUUCGAAACACAAAUCUUCCAGGGAAUAUCCACUCAAAUAGGUUGCAUGGCACAAAUGUGCAAUGUUCGCGUGCCAGAAGAUCUCGUCCUGAAUCUGGUGACGCGACCAGUGAUGCGGGACAAGUAUCAACAAUUCGCUUUCAAAGACUAUGUGAGAUCUCAUCCAGAGCUGCGCUUUUGUCCGGGACCGAAUUGUCACAUAAUCGUUCGCUCUGGGGAAAUCUGUGCCAAACGAGCCAUCUGCAAGGUGUGCAAAACAUCGUUUUGCUUUAAGUGCGGCAUGGACUACCAUGCGCCCACCGACUGUCAGAUAAUCAAAAAGUGGCUAACUAAGUGCGCCGAUGACAGUGAGACGGCAAAUUACAUUAGUGCCAAUACCAAAGACUGUCCCAAAUGUCAUAUUUGCAUUGAGAAAAACGGUGGCUGCAACCACAUGCAGUGUUUCAACUGCAAACAUGACUUUUGCUGGAUGUGUCUUGGCGAUUGGAAGACUCACGGCUCAGAAUACUACGAGUGCUCGCGCUAUAAGGACAAUCCGAAUAUUGCCAAUGAAUCAAUGCAUGUACAAGCGCGCGAAGCACUCAAAAAGUACCUUCAUUAUUAUGAGCGUUGGGAGAAUCACUCGAAGAGUUUGCAAUUGGAACAACAGACACUUGAUCGUCUGAAAGCUAGAGUGAACGAAAAAGUGAUGAAGGGGCGUGGCACAUGGAUUGACUGGCAGUAUUUAUUUAAUGCAGCUUCGUUGCUUGCCAAAUGUAGAUACACAUUGCAGUAUACUUAUCCCUAUGCGUAUUUCAUGGAGGCUGGACCCAGAAAAGUCCUCUUUGAAUAUCAACAGGCUCAACUAGAAGCUGAAAUUGAAAAUCUCUCCUGGAAAAUAGAACGUGCCGAAACGACUGAUUUAGGUGACUUGGAAAACCAAAUGGACAUUGCCGAAAAAAGACGAACAACACUCCUCAAGGACUUCUUCCCAACAGAUACGUUAUAAUAAACUUCCAUAGGACGAAUUGCAAAUAAAUAAAUAUAUAUUAAUAUCCCCUUUUCACAUUAAACAAAAUUACCCAAUAGCUAAGAUUUUAAUUUCAUAAAUGUACAACUUAAUACAACAACAAAAAACUGAUCAUAUACAAACAUAACAUAACAGUAAAUAAUAAUAAUUUAAUUAUAAAAAUAAUUACUAGUAACAAAAUUGUUUAAAAAGGUCUCGAUGCUGUUGACCAAUCUGAUUGUUAUUAACGUAAGGAGUUAUUUUUGUGAAAUGGCUGGGUAAAAUGUGAAACCCUCAUAGAAUGGACAAUCUUAAGCUUAAAAGUCAAUGAUUUUUAACCCAUUUUAAGAGGAUUUUACACCAUUUUAUAAAUACUCGAAUUUUGUUUAUUUACUGAAAAAUAAUUAAUUAUUUACAUAGAAAAAACACAGACUAGCACAUACCAAGUUUUGGGGUGUGAUUUGUUACAUUACAUAUUAUUUUUUAAUUUUUCACUCAUAAAAUCAAAUCCCAUUUAUUUUAUUUUUAUUGUAAAAUGUGUGAUCGCCUGUAAUUCUGAAUAAGAAUGAAGGGAGUAUUAUUAUUAAUUAUAACAUAAAUAUUAUAUUGUGCUAUCUGCAGUUUGACUGAGUGCGAAAUUAGCAAAUUAAACACAAACAAAACAAAUAAAUAACAUUUUAUGUAUAAUGUAUUGCUCAUGGGUCUUGAAUAAAAUAAGUUUUUUUUUUAAUAUAUUAAUUAUAUUUUAAAUCAAAGUGACGGCGUCAGUUGCGCCGCGUCAUCCGUUGUACGUCGUCGUCAAUCAAUCGGUCGCCUGACAGAUAUUAAGUUCAAUUUGAUUUUGUUUGUGUUUUUUUUGUGCACAAACAUUAACCUUUGCAAUGAUACUUUAAUUAUUAUUAUACAUUUAUAUACUAUACUUUUAUCAUGUUUUUAUUAUUAUUUUAUUUUAACAAAAUUAUCAUUUAUUGCAUAAGAUUUAAGAAUAAAGAAUACUUUCUAAGAAUAAUAAUUAAUUGCAAUUAAAAUAUAUGUGAAAAAUAAGGCAACAGCAUUAAACAUAAUGAAAAAAAUCAUAGUUUAUUUAUUAUAAUACAAGAAAAAAAAACAAAACUUUAUUUAGUUGAUUUUAUAAUUAAGGAUAAGAAAUAAUAUGAAAGAAAAUAAAAUUUUUUCUAGUAGUUAAAUGCAAAAUUAA